GCGUAACUCUGAGCCCAUCAGAGCUUUGACCCCCUGAUAGAGCUCAGCUGUUUGUUUGUAGGGCCACCAUCCAGCAAGGAGAAGCUAGAAGCUCAAAUGUUUAGGGGCACUCGAGAGAGAAUGGGAGGGAGUAUGUACUAAGCAUGUACACAAUAAGAAGGGCAUGGAAGACUGAGAGCAAAGAGGAAAAUCGGGCAAAACUGGGGAGACGCUAAAGCUAAUGCAAGAACAGAUAUAAAACAACACAAAAUAAUGGGAAAGCAAAGUAGAGGCUGUUCUGACACGGAACAGAACAACACAGUAGGGUCAGCAGAGCAGAAAAAUGUCAGAACUACAGGAGGUAAAGGAGUUUCUGUUGCAUCCCAGAGGAAGAGGUUGGGUGAGAGGAAGGUGGCAUUGCUGGCCCUCACAGAAAACAUUGAGAUGGAGCUGCUUUCCUCGGAGGAGCCCUGCGUGCUGGUACUAACGCAGGAGGAGCUGGGAGGACGCCGCCUUCACCAGAGGCACCCAGAGCAUCCUCUGGUCCCUGACUUUGAGGAACCCCAACCCAGACAGCAGGGAAAGCCCAAAACAGUGCCCCCUAGCAGGGAAGAGACUGAGCACUGCCCCCUUGUCCCAGUCUUCAUGGAAGAAAUAGAGAUAGAAAUGAAGGUGUUCCCUCCCCUCAGAGUGACCGAGAGUGAGCUAGUUGAGAUCAAGUCAGAUGAUCCUUCCAUCGUGAGCCCGGUGCGUCACCUCAGGUUUUAUCAUCCGCUCCCAAACAAAGCGAGGCGUCUCAGAUGGAAGAGACUGACUCCACCGAAGACAGGACUGGUGGUCAAAGAUGUGAUCUGUCUGCCCAGAGGACAACUCCUGGCCCAGCUGGAGAGGCAUGCUGUUCCACAGGGUGAAGAGCGAGAAGCUCUAGCAGCCAUGGGAAUGAGUGCUCGUAUCACCAUCGACUCUGGCUGGUCAGCCAGUCAGAUGGCGAGUCGCUUGGCGAUGCUCUUCCAGGGCAAGUUUGUAAAAUGUGCAGGACAAAGGUUCUCCUUCACAUAUCUACAGUGUGUGCAGGGCUCCAGGGUGCUGUUUGUCCCAGACACUCCUGAAGAGGGUUGGACUGGACAGCAGGUACUCAGGAUCUCUGGACAUGGACCUUUGUAUAUCUUCAGCCACCUGGACUACCCUCAGGUAGAACCUGAGACAGAAAAACCCGAGGUGAACAGGGCAGAGUUUUUCCUGGAGGCCAGCAUAGAGAGCUGCCAAGAUGAAGACCUGGGAGGACAGAUCCAGCCUCGCGUGCACAGGACCAUGGAGGAGUUCCCACUGGACCUCGGCACCAUCCUGAGACUGUUCCAACAGGAGAACAUAGAUCAAGGUGUAGAAACCCACAUCCAGGUGAGGAGAAGAGAUUUGCUCCACAGCGCUCUGAAGGUGGUGGGGAGGCCAGGUUUCUGCUUCAGGACGACACCCAUCAUCUCUUUCCUUGGAGAGGAGACCAUCGGGCAUGAGGGGCCUCUCAGAGAGUUCUUCAGGUUGACCCUUCUUGAGCUGCAGCAAAGUUCGGUCUUUGAAGGUCACCCAGGCCGCCUGUUUUUCACCUAUGACCUCACAGCUCUUGAAGACAGGAACUAUUACAAAGCUGGAGUUCUGAUUGGCUGGUCUCUGGCUCAGGGUGGGCCUGGACCUCGUUGUCUACACCCUGCACUCUUCCAGUUGAUGUGUGGCCAAAAUCUGUCUUUGGAGCACUUAACCUGGACAGACAUCGUUAACACUGAAGAUGGGAUCCGACUACAACAGCUGCAUAGUUGUACUGAUGUGAAGAUGCUGUCCCCCAGUCUGUGUGACUGGGUGGUGAACAGUGGGAUGCCUGGAAUUUAUUCAGCCCGUUCUGAUGAAAUACCAGUCAUCUAUAUCCGCCUGGUCAAACACUACAUCUACCACAGGGUUGCCAGCAUGAUAUCCCAGUUUACAGAGGGGCUGAACAGCUGUGGUGGGUUGUGGGAUACGAUACAGUGCCACUGGGAAACAUUUGUGCCAGUGAUGACGAGCACACAGCAGAAGCCUCUCACCCUGGAAGAGUUCAAGCAGCUCUGUACUGUCUGUUACAGUCAUAUGGACUGUCAGCUGAGGGCAGCUGAGGAGGCCACAGUCAGACACUGGGAAACAAUCCUCACCUUGAUCAGUGAUGGUCAGGCAGACUUUUCCUUUGAGGAGCUCCUCGCCUUCAUCACAGGAGCUGAUCAUCUGCCUGCUUUUGGGCUCUCCAGAAAUAUCUCCCUGCAUUUUUACUCCCAGGAUGCAAGCAUGUCAAGUGUGCGUCUGCCCCACGCUUCAACCUGCACUCUGGAGCUCUUCCUGCCAAGGGGAGCAACAAGAGCAACUGAUCUGCUGGCAUUGCUGAGCAGAGCCGUGCACGAGGCCCUGGGCUUUGCAUAUUUGCAGGCAGAGGGAAGUUUAUAAAGUGGAAACCCCCCUGGGUACCUUACAUCAUGCUGAACCCGACUUUGUGGCGCUCAAAAGUUUCUCCAGGAUAUAAACAAUAUGACUGAGAGGAAAGCCACAUCACAGUUGGGAUGUCCAAUUGCUGGUAUGUGUGCAGUCACUCAUGUGACCUGAUGAGGCAUCCCCAGUGCUUGUAUUAUUUGUUUUUAAAGCUUUAUUAAUUCAGAUGUAUAAUAGUAGCUGUGCACGUACUGUAGUUUAUGUUAGGUCAUGGGAAUAACAAUGAGAGAGAGCAAAUGAUACAAGGGUUACUGUAGAUUAGAGAGAAUGAACUGUGUUGACAUAUUUUACUUGCUUCUUUGCCAGGUACAGGAAAGUGAACUUCCCUCACAGAUAAAUAAUUCAAGAUAAGUUUAUCAAUAAUGUUUUAAUCUUUUAAUAGCUAUCCCAACAAACUGUAGAGAAAUACACUUUCAUAUCUUCAUU